UAAAAGUAGCGAGAGGGACGCGUAGAGGUAUUGUUCCCGCCAGUGCGCUUAGGCAUAAACUUCUCUGCUUUCAGCACAGUGUCUGCUCCAAUCACUCGCUCUCUUCUUCACCAUAGUUUCUCCGCUUCCGCCACAGCUUCUGCUCCUAUCCACCGCCCAUUUCUUACGUCCACCGUGAUGGCAAACAACGUUGAAGAUUUCUCCCAAUUCGGAAUUUCAAAAGAGGAAAAGGAUAAGCUUGUAGGAGAAGUUAUCCGUUACUUGCUUUUCAAAACUCAUCAGAACUCAGGGUGUCCAAUUAAGAGAGAUGAACUCACUCAACUUAUUACCAAGAAUUAUCAUCAGAGGAAUCUUCCUACUUUUGUCAUCAAUGAGGCUAAGGACAAGCUUUCCGCCGUGUUUGGUUAUGAAAUGAGAUUGCUUUCAAGGUCUAUCCCAUCAUCUAAAGCCCAGACACGCGCUUCACAAAGUGGUGCGGAUGCAAAAUCAUAUAUCCUCAUUAGCCAACUUCCUUCUGAUUUAUAUGAAAAAUAUGUUGUGGAUGCGAAUACAGCAUACAUGUCUGGUUUCACGUUUGUCAUAAUUAGUAUUGUACAUCUUGCUGGCGGCAAAAUUCCAGAAGAAAGUCUGUGGAGCCAGUUAAAUAGGAUGAGUUUGAAUGACAAUGAAGCAAAUCAUCCUGUUCUUGGAAACAUUAAGCAAGCCUUGGAACUUCUUGUUCAGCAAAGGUAUUUACAGAAGGACAAAGUUCAUGGUCCUGAAGGCAAUACCAUAUAUUAUGAGCUUGCCGAGAGAGCUUUAGAUGGACCCAUCAACAACAAGGUCAAGGAAUAUAUAUCUCAGAUUAUGAGGGAAACUUCCUAAUCAGUUACCAGCUCUUCAGCAUAUCAAUUGUGAUAUAAUUAUGCCUACAGAGGGAAAUGGUGAGAUACUAACUUGGUUCGAGUUUACUCCUGAUCAAUUUAAGGCUAAGCUCUGCAAGAAUAUCAAUUUCCAUUGUGUGUUCUUAGCCAAAACAUAAUUUUAUUUUGCAUUGUAAAGGGCAUUUAGUCCAAAUUCCACACUAAUUGCAGUUACGAGCUUUUGAGUUUAUCUGGUUUAUAUGUAAUCAAAAUCACAUUCACACCCUUAACAAGUUGAGAUGAAAUUCUUGCGUAGUAGUUUAACUUA